AUGCGUCCCUCGUCAGCCAUCUUUGCCCUGGCUGGAGCCUUAGUUAUAGCUGCGCCAGUGACUCAACGCGGAGUAUUCGAAGGAGAUCCGAUCCUCGGAAUCAACCCCGAUGCAUCCAAGUCUUCCUAUGAUGCUAAGCGGAGCAAGAUUUUUGGGGGUGAUGAGACUUUGGACAUAAACGCAGACGCAGCGAAAUCUUCUUACGAUGCGAAGCGACGCAAUAUCUUCGGAGGUGACGAGAGCUUGGACAUCAAUGCGGAUGCAGAGAAGUCUUCCUACGAUGCUAAGCGCGGUAACGUGUUUGGCGGCGACGAGACCUUGGACAUCAACGCAGAUGCGGAGAAGUCAUCCUACGAUACGAAGCGUAGCAAUGUCUUCGGAGGUGAUGAGACCCUUGAUAUCAAUGCCAACAAGGAACAGUCAUCCUAUGAUGCCUAG